GCAGAGAGAGGAAUAAAAAAAGGAAACCAAUAAGAAAAAGAAGAAGAGUGGAAAAAACCAUCAUCAAAACAACAUGAUUCUCCAAUUGAGCGCUUCUUCAUCUCCUUCACUCACCCUUCUCCUUCACACUCCUCAUCUCUCAGCAACCCCACUUUUCUCUCUCUACAAACUCUCCCUCAAAAACCCCAUCUCUCUAAACCCCAAGAAAACCCUAAUUUCCCCCAUUGUUGCAGCAGGACCCAUGAAUUGGCUCUCCAAAUUGGGGUUUGGAAACAGAGCUGGUUUGGGUUCCAUGGAGACCUCAUCUAACAGUGUGGCUCAAGGCCCUGAUGAUGAUAUACCAGCUCCAGGCCAACAGUUUGCUCAGUUUGGAGCUGGGUGUUUUUGGGGUGUUGAGCUUGUCUUUCAGAGAGUCCCUGGCGUUACAAAGACUGAGGUUGGUUAUACCCAGGGUUUUCUCCAUAAUCCAACUUACAAUGAUGUGUGUUCUGGAACCACAAAUCACUCGGAGGUCGUUAGGGUUCAAUUUGAUCCAAAGGAUUGUAACUAUGAUGCCUUGCUCGAUGCUUUCUGGAGUCACCAUGACCCUACUACUCCGAAUCGGCAGGGAAACGACGUGGGAAGUCAGUAUAGGUCAGGUAUAUACUAUUACACACCUGAGCAAGAGAAGGCUGCUCGAGAAUCUCUUGAGAAGAGGCAGCAGGUGUUAAAUAGAAAGAUUGUGACUGAGAUUUUACCUGCAAAGAAGUUUUAUGAGGCAGAGGAGUAUCAUCAACAAUAUCUGGAGAAAGGUGGGCGCUUCGGUUUCAAGCAGUCGGCUGACAAAGGUUGCAACGACCCCAUCAGAUGCUAUGGCUGAGAUCUGAGAUUUGAUAGAGAAUAUCUUGCUACUGGUUCCGCUAUCAUAAUGGCUAGCUGUUUGUAUACUCACAUGACUUGAGUUAUGUAAAUUGCUAAUUCGUAAGCUGUGUCCCUACCUAUACUUUUAGAAAGAAGAGAUGUAAAUUACUGAUUCGAGGUGUUUGCAUGCCCAUAAAGUUCCCCUCAUCCCCCCACCCCCACCAUGGGAGCACACCAAACAUGUGCUUCUUCUAGCAAAAUAUCUGUUUUGGAGUA